AGAAGGGUAAUGAGCACAGUGGGGAACAGGCAAUGACCAACAUCUCAACUGAGCGGCACAUCAGUCGGGCUGCAGCUCCCGGGAGAGCCGGGUACAGGCAGUGCGGGGGACAGGGCUGCUGGGGACAGGGCUGCUGAUCACAGCACGCUCCACUUGAGCAGACAAGCGUGCAACGGUGGAAAAACAAAUUGCACACUUUGCAGGAGACAAGCUGAGUGUCGGGGUGAGAAAAGCUACCGGGUCAGCAGGAGAGGAAGCGUGGAGCAGCUGAGACCGACCGGGUUUCCAUUUGCAAUUGGGAAAGUUACCUUGUCUCGAGAUGAGUAAGACUCUAACCAGGAGCAUCCUGCACAGCUACUUCAGGACACUGAAAGCAAGACAGCAGCAGCAAGCUUAAGCAGCACAGGUCCACUCACUUUUUCUCUGGACUCUUUCAGACUCAAAUUACUUGGCUCAGCUGUUUGACUUGGCGUGGAUGUAAUUUGAUUUUCAUCUGUGCAUUUUUCAUCUUUUUUUAUCUGGUUGGGAAACAGUGCAGACUUGGAGGGCACGUUGUUCUGUCCUGUCACCUCUGAGACUAUGUUAGACUGUGAGUCAGGGACCUCUUCAUCAUCAGCAGCAGUAGUAGCACUAGAGCAUGGAGAAGUCCAGCAGUGAGGAAUCAGCCAUUCAUCGUAGCCCUUCAGUCGAAAGCUGUGACUCUGAUUUUCCUCAAGCCUCCACGUCUGGCCGCCCAUUUGGUGGCCGCGGCUUCACGGCCGGCGCUUUCUACGGCUCCACGGGGCCACGUAAAAAUACUCAGCAGGGUCAGGCUGCAACGGCAGCAGCUGAGGCCAGCACGGGAGACAAGAGCAACAACAAGUCCAGCUCACCCAAAGGGAGCAAAUACGUGGUCUUUUACCUGGAUCUAUCAUUUGUGUUCCUUUUAGAAUUCAAGAAGUUUAACAUGGCAAGAGGCUGCCUUUGCUGCUUGAAAUACUUGAUGUUCAUCUUCAAUCUCAUCUUCUGGUUGUGUGGCUGCGGGCUGCUCGGCGUGGGCAUCUGGCUCUCUGUGUCUCAGGGCAGUUUCGCCACCUUCUCGCCCUCGUUCCCCUCAUUGUCAGCUGCCAACAUGGUCAUCGCCAUCGGCGCUAUUGUCAUGGUAACAGGCUUUCUUGGUUGCCUGGGUGCCAUCAAAGAGAACAAGUGCCUGCUGCUGAGUUUUUUCAUCGUCCUGCUGAUAAUUCUCUUGACAGAGCUGAUAUUACUCAUCCUCUUCUUUGUGUAUUCAGAUAAGGUGAGUGAGAAUGCUAAACAAGAUCUGAAGGAUGGCUUGGCUCUAUACAACUCUGAAAACAACAUUGGCCUGAGAAAUGCCUGGAACAUCAUUCAGGCAGAGUGGAAGUGCUGCGGCGUUAUAGCUUACACCGACUGGCAUGAGGCCCUGCAAGAGAAAGUCGUUCCAGACCGCUGCUGCCAGGAGCAUUACCAGAACUGUGGCCGUAACUCCACCAACAUGUUCUGGAAUCGGGGCUGCUUUGAGAAAGUAGAGGAAUGGCUUGAUGACAACAAGCACAUGCUGGGAACCAUAGGCAUGGUCAUCUUGGUAGUGCAGCUUCUGGGCAUGGCAUUCUCCAUGACGCUCUUUCAUCACAUCCACAGAACAGGGAAGAAGUACGAUGCCUAGCCUCAGGAGAAGAGGCCUGUCAAUGCCUGAAGGGAUGGAACUCUGAUUAAAUGUACCCCCCUCCUCCCGCACCACUGCUGCCACUACUUUACAACCAUCCUUUGACUCUGUUCCUAGACUUUGUGUUUCAUGUGUCGCCGCUCUGGGCUCUCUCCUUUCGCCAUUCAUUUUUGCCAAAGAGUAACACAACUGGAAGAGGAGAAGGGAUAAAUAAUUUGGCAUUGAAGCAACCUUUUGCAUUUGGCAACCUGUUGGUUGUCACUCCUCCCUUUUAAAAAAAAAAAAAAUCUGUGUUUGCCUGGAAUAACAAUUUGCUGGAGAGAACCACACACAGACACCAAGACAUUUAAGACUUUUGCUAACACUUACCACUCAUUGUGGUAAAGAACAUAGAACUCCUCCCUACCUAUGUAUUUCUUGUGGAGUAUAUAUUUGUCUUUCCUUUAGGCUUAAAAAAAAAUCAUCCCCCAUUUUCAUUGUAUAUGAAAAAAAAGUCCAAAACGGCAUGCCAGUUUUUUACAUCACCGACUUACCUUCAAAGCCGCUAUCACUAAUUUUUUUUCCAAAAACCUUUGAUAUGUGCGUGAUGCCCCUUUGGAAUGUAAGUAACCUACAAUGUAGUGUGUGUUGCAUUUGAUGUGAGCAGCAUAGACAUGUCAGGAUGGUGUUUAUUAUGAUCCAAGGGUCAUAUAUUUUCCCUUUGACUAGCAUUUUGGGUAAAGUGAAUGGGAUUGAAGGAAUUUAUUAAAGGGAGAGAAAUUAUUUCGAAAUAAA